UUUGUCAGGUCGCGCGGUGAGGAGCACAGCAUCUUCCUCCUCCUCAUUCACUCACUCUCUCUCCUCAUUGCCAUAACAACGGAUGCAGCGCAUCAGUCCGCGCGGGAUCAACAUUCAGCAGCCGCGCGGGGCGGAAUAAACCCGCACCGGUGCCGUUAAGACACCGCAAAGGUGAAACACGCACGCACGCGCCUCUCUGAACUAUUUACGUCAAACCGUUUAAGCUGCUACAGGGAGACGAGCGCACUCGGGAGAUCCUCCGCAGGGUUAUUUGGUAACGGUACAACCGGCGAAGGCGAGAGAAGAAAGAGCAGGAAGUGCAGCGUGGGAAAGCGGGGAAAAUCUCCGGGGAUCUCCAGCGCUCACUUCUCCAUCUACGGUCCUCCUCGUUUUUUUUUUUUCCCCCACCAUGGCUCGGGAGAACGGAGAGGCCGGCGGGGAUUGCUCGUGGAAGAAGCAGGUCGAUGAUAUCAAGGAGAUGUUUGAAUUCAAAGAGGUGCUUGGGACGGGUGCGUUCUCAGAGGUAGUCCUGGCAGAGGAGAGGUCCACAGGAAAGAUGUUCGCUGUGAAGUGCAUCCCUAAAAAAGCGCUGAAGGGGAAGGAGAGCAGCAUCGAGAACGAGAUUGCCGUUCUACGCAAAAUUAAGCAUGAGAACAUAGUGGCGCUGGAAGACAUCUAUGAAAGCUCCAAUCACCUCUACCUUAUAAUGCAGCUUGUAUCUGGAGGCGAGCUGUUCGACCGGAUCGUGGAGAAAGGUUUCUACACUGAAAAAGAUGCCAGUACACUCAUCAGACAAGUACUAGAUGCUGUUAACUACCUUCACACUAUGGGCAUCGUACACCGAGAUCUCAAGCCAGAGAAUUUGCUCUAUUUCAAUCCUCAAGACGGCUCAAAGAUCAUGAUCAGUGAUUUCGGCCUGUCUAAGAUGGAGGGGACGGGCGAUGUCAUGUCAACAGCCUGUGGAACGCCAGGAUACGUGGCUCCAGAAGUUCUCGCUCAGAAGCCGUACAGUAAAGCUGUGGACUGCUGGUCUAUCGGAGUCAUUGCCUACAUCCUACUGUGUGGUUACCCUCCCUUUUAUGAUGAGAAUGACUCCAAACUCUUUGAGCAGAUCCUGAAAGCGGACUAUGAGUUUGAUGCCCCGUACUGGGAUGAUAUUUCUGAUUCAGCAAAAGACUUCAUCAGCUGUUUGAUGGAAAAGGACCCCUCAAAGCGAUACACAUGUGAUCAGGCCCUUCGACAUCCCUGGAUCGCAGGAGACACCGCUCUCUGCAAGAACAUCCAUGAGUCCGUCAGUCGACAAAUGCGCAAAAACUUUGCAAAGAGCAAAUGGAGACAAGCCUUCAAUGCCACGGCCGUGGUUCGCCACAUGAGGAGACUGCAGUUGGGCAGUAGCAUGGGGAGCAGCAUGGACCAAUCGAGCUCCGCCAACCAGAACCGCAUACUGAACGCGAACCAGACGCCAGCUGUACUGCCCAACACCACACCAAACACAACACCAAACACAACACCAAACUCCACACCGGCACUUACCCAAAACCACAAACCUGCACCCAACCCAAAUGCCGUUCUUAUUAAUGAUAUGACCACAGGAACCACCUCUAUACCACGCAAAGACUGUACUGUCCCUCCCCACACUUCCUGUUCUCUAGCAUCAGCUGCUUCCUCCUCUGCCUCAGGGGUGGAGCCCUGCAGGCCACUUCCUCCCUCAGUUGCGUCGGUGAGCACAGUGCUAACUGGGACCAAGUGACGCCAGGUUUUGCGGGGAGAGAGCUGGGAGGCCACCGCCCUGUGAGCCACGCCCCUCAGCCCACUCCCCGCCCUGCCGUCGAAAGUAAGGCAGAGGACUGACCCAUCGCCAUAGCAUCGCCACUGAGAGGCUAAAAACACUGCGCGCGCCUAAUGCACUCCUGCCAUUUAACCUCCAGGCCACUAGAGGGUGCAAUGCAUGCAGCGGCAGGAGACGGAGAUUUCCAGCAGAUGGCUUCCAUUUAGAGAAGUGAAUUCGUGCGGCUGGACAGAACUGUGAUGUCUUUGCUAUGAACGUGCUACGAACCUUGGCAGCCAUGUUACGGGAAAAAAACGAACGAGUCAAAAAGAGCGCAGAGGUUUAGGUGCGAAAGUGUGUGCAUGAUUGUGUCCGCCCUUAUAAGAGGACGGCGCCAAUGUCAAAUAAUUCUUCUUACUAUAUCGUAACAUGUCUAGCUCUUCCCUCUUUCCCUCUGCCCCGUUUUCCCCGAUUACUUUCUCUAUCUACUCACGAUUUAUUGUAUUUCUUGUUAGCUACCAUUUUGAUCUUUCGGGGUUUUUCACUGAUGUGUCAUGCUGACCUGCAGAAGUGCUUUUAAUAAUCACGCUAGACUGUUUUGAGACAUUUUCUGAGUCGAGACUUCUGUUUGCACAUAAGAGAGAACAUUUACUGGCGUUUUACAGUGUUUUUACAAACUCAAAGAUGGGAGAUUGUCGAUUUGAGACCUCACAGUUGGGUUUUAGCAUCACAAAGUUCAAGAUAUCGGUUAAAACAUGCAAUAUGUUUGAUUGUUAUCUUACUUUACUGGACUUUUUUUUGAAAACGCAGAGAAAAAGCAGUUUGACAAGGCUUGUUGCUGUUACUCUCUGCUUCAAACGUGACUUUAAAUACACACAGACAGUAAGUGUUAGUUACUGAAUAUAGUAUAACUGUUACUCAACACAAACACACGCAAAUCUCCUGAAAAGCCAUGGCAGUGUCUUUCUACGCCCAGUGUACGAGUUCUCAGGGAAUUCCGCAGCUGCGCUGGGCACCAUAGUGAUGCUAUCUAUACUAACGCCUCCAUGGUUUGAGAUUGUCUCAUCCAGCCAGAAUAAUGUCAAAAAUGUAGAUUAGGAUGAUAGACAGCUGUUUAACUCUAACAAACGAUUGUAUGACAAUUUGACCAUGCUGUAAAACUGACGUUAUGCUACGUUCAUGUCGUAUCAGAAGUAGCCUACCACAAUUAAAACAAUAUCAAAUUCGACAGUAGUGCGACAGUCGGCCAUCGAUUUUCUCCACUAGAUUUUUAAUGAUAACUUACAAAUCUUUAAAGCCUUUAAAGACCUAAUGUGAGCUACAAGGUUGUUCAUUAAUGCUAUAUGCUUUUGUCAAAGCCUUCAGCCUUUAUUAUAUUUCUACUUAUUUUUUGAAUAAUAAUCGUGUUUAACAGCGGAAUUCCUGGUGAAGGACUACAUUACCCAUGAUCCUAAAAAACUACACUCCCAUAAAGCACUGUAAAUUACAUACCCUGACAAUACUUGUAUGCAUAUUUUGCAAUAAACGUAAAAUAUGUUGUUUCUAUAUACACAAUCAACGUCUUCAGAUAAAUAAUUUUAUAUUUAUCUGUUGUUUUUAAUUGUAUUGUCAUUUUCAGUGCUUCAUGGGAUUUGUAGUUCUUUCCCUGAGAAAAGUAGUUCUUUUUUCCAAUUUUCAAUUGUUUGUAAGUUUGUAAUGUAGUGAUUGACCUUGUAGCUGGUUGGUUUGGUUCAUGGCUUUGGGAAAAUCCCUGUGGAAAAACUGAAAAGGUGCACUCUGUUACACAUUGGAAACAAGUUAAAGGCGGGACUGACUGUUUUGUCCAACCAAUGACAGACAGGGGAGUGUUUAGCGAACCGCUUUGAAACAUGUCAUUAUUUUUCCAAUGUUUUAUAAUGCUAGUGGUGUAGAAACUUCACUUUUAAAGGCAGUUUUGUAUAGAUACUGCUAAUAUUUCUAUUUAAUAUGUCAUUUUAUUAUAGACAGCAUAUCAUGGUGUAUUUUCUUUGCUCUUCCUGAAUUCACGAGAGGUGAAUUAAUGUGGCUAUGAAGUAUUUUGACGGAGUCAAGCAUAUAUCCAUUUGGCGUUAUGAUCAUUUUUGAAUUGUUCAUUCUGAGACCAUAUGAACGCAGCAUAACUAAGGACUUUUAGUGACUGUAAACAUCUUUCCAGUGGGACUCAAAGUGGCUGAAUCUCUAGUAUUGGUUUAAGGGCUAAGUUAAGGUUUUUACACUUCCUUAUUGAUGGGUGACUGGUCUUCUGUCCCCAAACAGCUCUGCUAUUAUGUCCUGUCUGGUUUUUAAAGUGACUGAUGUCUUCUUUGCCCUUUAUGGUUUGUUAAUAUCACAGGAGGGAACCUCGUCUACGGACAAGAUUUAGGAGCGUGUGACAUUUUCCAAAGUGCCAUUGAAUAUCUUCAUGCAUUUCCCAUUAGUUUCGUCCUGAAUGUUUGUUUCAGUGUGGGCGGCACCUCACCGUGAGGGGUUUGAGCUAAUGGCUUUAUUUUUCAGUCAGGUCAUGCAUGCACCAUUUUGUCUUCAUUUUCACACUCGAGAGGAGCUUGUGAUCUCAUAACAGAAAUGCUUUUUCACAAAAUAACUGGGGCGAUGUUUUUUUAUGUUACAAAAGCUAUUUUCUUUGAGGUCAUGUUAAGAGUGAACCAUACUGCACAUUUCUGUUAAAACAUUCAGCCAUUUACGGUCUAAGCAUGAGGUGUUUAAAUGAAUGUUAAGCUCUUUUGAUAGUAUCUGUGGGAUAAUGUCGAUUACCACAGGAAAUAAUUUCAAUUUGUCCCUUAGUAAAAGUCUUUGCAAAGGCAUUACAGAGGGUUUAAAAGCCGAAACGUGCAGCUUAUAUUUUAGUUCAAGCAUUUCUAUUAAUUUUUCUGUACAAAUAUGUGUUAUUUGAGAUUUCUUCUGAUUUGUUAUCACAACAUUUUUUCUUUUGUUGAAAUCAACUUCAAUAAUUAAUGUGGUUCAGAUAACACAAUAUUUUGAGUUUCUGUUGAUUAAAUCAAUCCCCUUCAUUGUAUCAACUCAAAUUUUCAAUUUCAAUGAACUCAAAAUUAAGGCAACCAGGUAACUUACUUUUUUAAGUUAAACCAACAAUUUUUUUUACAGUGUAGGUCAUAUUUUCUGACUUGUGUCAUGUAAACAGUACCUUGUUGGUCUCUUUGUGCAUUUAUUUUAAAUGAAAUUUACCAUAUUUAGGGGUUGAAAUUGGACGUAACUUUGUUCAAACAAGGUUAAUAAGCAAUUUUUGUUUGACUAGUCUUUAUAAUGAUAUUCCUGUUCUCUAAAAACAUUUAUUUUGGUGCAAUUUCUUGCGCUUGUAGGUACAUCACUGUAAAUGUCAUUUUCGCUAAUUUCUAUAAACUGAGGGACAAUUAGAAAUGAUUUUCUGUGGUAAAAGGUCUAUAUUUGAGUUGUACCUGGAACAUUUUUGGCCUAAGUGUGCAUGUACUCUGUGUUUGUGAAUGUCACCUUCUUCUGUGUGUAUUUAUGGGUGUAAAAUGCAGGAAAUUUGUCUGAUAUGCUGGUUAAACCCUCAGUUGGAUAUGCAGAAAAAGUACAGACCAAAACGUUGGGGUGUUUUGAAUGAAGAUAAAUAUAUACAGUUACUGCCACUCCAAGCCAAAUAUAAAUGUAUUUAAAUAUGAUAUAACAAUUAGGUAUAUGAAUUCAUUUUAACAUUAAAUUCAGUAAAUACAUGCACACACAUGUGCCAUGGCUCACACACACACACACACACACACACACACACACAUCCUGAUCAAUCAGUGAGUGCAACGAAGGACAGAAAGGAAGUCAAACACGAUCUGUGUUAGCGACGUUUCAGUUCAAUUCGAUUAUAGCAUCACUGUCGUCUGUCCGUGUCCAGAGCAAAUCACUCCGUGUGUCCAAAGGCUUUGUAAAUAGACUGUGAUUGUGACGUGUCUAUCAUGUUGUCCCUGAGGAGAUGUUAGUGUGUACGCGUUCUGUCUCUUCAUCUCGUUCUCUAAACACUGCCUUUCUCUGCAGUUGUCGGCCACACACUGACUGUAACACACAGAUGUAUAUUCACAAACUUGUGUCUCUAUGUUGUACGUUCCGAUAAAAUCACAUUUCUAUUGUACAAACUUCCGUCUGUGCACUUCACACGAGCAACGUGGUAAAUAUUUAACGAUGAUCGGUUGUGAUGCAAUCUUUUCCCGACGUUCUAGUUUCUUUCUUUCUUUUUUUUUACCAACUCAGGCGUCACUUUUGCCUCUUACGAUGAAAAAGCUGUGACUGACAAGUGUCUGUGCUACCCAGUGACUGUGCAGUUUUAAACUUGUCCCUUGAAUGUCGACUUAUUUGCAAACUAAGAAAGAAAAUACCUUGCAACUGCAUCGAAUGAUUUUAUAAAGAAUUGCAAGCAUGUUAAAUGCGCUUUCCGAUUCAACCGAUUGUUUGCGUAUUUUCAAAAGUCCUCACCAUGUAAGUAUAUAUGUAUGAAGAAAUAUGUCUGUAUCUAUAUGAAUAUAUAUUUAAAAAAAUGCAACUCUGGCAAUGCAGGCCUUGUGAUCUCUGCAUCUCUGACACAACCUGUCCGAAAUAAAAGUUGCCCAGUGAAAUGUGAAUUAUAUACUCAUAUGCAUGUGACAAUGAUGAUCAUAUUUUGGGAGUGGCAUACGAAUACUAACUUUACUGUGACGUGAUCUUCUGUUGAUAUGGGGCUUGUAUAUCCAAUGCCUUUGACAAUCAUCUGCACAUAUCAGAGUUUAUAUUCCAUGCUGUAAAGCAAUGGGGAAUGAAUGAUUGUUUUUUGUUUUUUUCCUUUCUUUCUUUCUUUUUUCUUUCCUUUUUCCUUAAAUAAAUCCUGAAUGAUCAUGA